CUUCUUCUUCUUCUUCUUCUUCUUCCAUCCACCCUUGUCUGUAACUCACCCACAUUACCCACCAAUGGCGAAAGAGAAGCAGACCAAAGAAGAGAAGAAGCUCUACGUGGGCAUCGUCUGGCACUACACCGCCGAGCUCAAGCUCCUCCUCACCGCCCUCCUCAUCCUCUGCACUCUCGCCACCCUCCUCCAGUUCAUCCCCCCUUCCCGCUUCACCAUCUCCACCUCCGACCUCCGCGUCUGCAUCUCACGCGUCCUCUCCCCCUCCUCCCAGCCCCAGCCCCAGCCCCAAGACCAACCCAUUACCACCACCACUUCUACCACCGCCACUCCAGCAGUUGAUAUUUCAGCUCCACCCCCGCUUUUCUCUCCGCCCGCAGAGUCGGUGGAUCCCAACGGCAUCAUAAAGCGCGUGUUCGACCCGCACGGCGCCGCAGCCUACAGCUACAUCAGCAUGGGAGCCUACAGAGGAGGAAUGAACACCUUCGCCAUAAUCGGUAUCGCCUCCAAGCCUCUCCACGUGUACUCCAACCCAACCUACCAAUGCCGCUGGAUCCCCGCCGCCAACUCCUCCGCCGCAGUCUCCGCCGCCGGCUACAAGAUGCUCCCCGACUGGGGCUACGGCCGCGUCUACACCGUCGUGAUCGUCAACUGCACAUUCCCUCACCCCGUCAAUUCUGACAACUCCGGCGGGAAGCUAGUCCUCCUCGCCUCCACUUCCGGCGGCGGUGACCGGAAUUUCAACGUCACCGAUGAGAUUGAGGCUUUGACAGAAAGCCCCGGAAGCUUAAACCCUUCGGUUUUCACUUCCAGGCCGAAAUAUGACUACUUGUAUUGUGGGUCUAGUUUGUAUGGGAAUUUAAGUCCUCAGAGAGUGAGGGAGUGGAUUGCUUACCAUGUGAGGCUGUUUGGGCCCAGAUCUCAUUUUGUGAUUCAUGAUGCUGGUGGGAUUCAUGAGGAGGUUUUGGAGGUGUUGAAGCCAUGGAUGGAGUUGGGGUAUGUGACUUUGCAAGACAUAAGAGAUCAGGAGAGGUUUGAUGGGUACUAUCAUAACCAGUUCAUGGUGGUGAAUGAUUGUUUGCAUAGAUAUAAGUUCACGGCUAAGUGGAUGUUCUUCUUUGAUGUUGAUGAGUAUAUCUAUAUGCCUCCCAAGAGCACCAUCAAAACUGUGCUGGAUUCUCUUGCUGAGUACACACAGUUCACCAUUGAACAGAUGCCAAUGAGCAACAAGCUUUGCCUACUUGAAGAUUAUCACAAAACCAACAGAAAAUGGGGGUUUGAGAAGCUUGUGUACAAGGAUGUGAAGAAGGGCAUAAGAAGAGACCGUAAAUACGCAGUGCAACCGCGCAAUGUAUAUGCGACCGGGGUGCACAUGUCGCAGAACGUAGCGGGGAAGACGACGCACAAAACCGAGAACAGGAUCAAAUAUUUUCACUACCACGGAACGAUUGCAGACAGGCGCGAGCCUUGUAAGAAGCUAAUCAAUGACACACAGAUCUUCCUUGACAAAGUCCCUUAUGUUCAGGACACAACCAUGAGAGAUGUUGCUGGGGCUGUGAAGAGAUUUGAGCAAAGAAUGAUUGGAUCCAGGUUACAACAGACUAGGCAAUGAUAGAACAGAACAUAACAUCCCUCUUCCCAGUUUCUUCCAGCACUCUUUUCUUUUUUGAUAUGUGAAUUUUAAUUUAUAUAUAGUUGCAGUAGGAAAUUCUUUUGGGGUUCUUCCUUGUAUGAUAAUUCCAGUAAAGGUAUAAAUUACAGGUUGGUAUAUGAGUAUGAUCGCUAUGAUUU